GGCGCUGUUGGUUCUCAUGUGCGAUAUAAUCAGUGUUCAUUUUAGAUUUCCCUUCUCUCUCUCCCUCCCCGUUUCCGCUACAUAAUUUCUACAACAGCGUAACACGCUCGUCCCAUUCCUUCUCAGUCUAAUACACCCCUACACCCCCCCAGACCAUGCACACCCUCCUCCUCCUCCUUCUCCCCCCCCUAACCUGGACCCUCUACACCUCCUACCACCUCUACCAUAACUACCAAACCGCGCUGCAAACCGCACUUCCCCUCAUCGUCCUCCCCUCCAGCCCCGAUAAUCCCCUCUGGGUCCUCACCCAACGCUUCAUCCUUCCUCUCGUCCGCAUCGUCUACGGCGAAUGCGAUAUCACGCGCUAUGGAAAAUUGGGCUGGGAAUACUACGUUAAGUAUCGCGUGCAUAGGGAGAUGGGAGAUGCAGUGGUUCUGGUGACGCCGGGGUAUAAUUGGGUUUAUGUAUGUGAUGCGGAUGCGUUUGGGGAGAUUUUUCGGAGGAGAGAUGGGUUUCCUAGACCGGCGGAGAUGUUGGCGAUGUUGGAUGUAUUUGGACCUAAUAUUUCUACUGCCAGCGGAGCAGACUGGCAACGCCAACGCAAAGUCACCGGCGCGCAAUUCAACGAACAAAACAGCAGCAUCGUAUGGAUCCAAGCAUUAACCCAAGCAAGCGAAGUGCUAGGAUACUGGAAAUCGCUACCAACACCCAUUCGUCGCACACAUAAAGACACGAGAACGCUAUCUCUUCAUGUGCUAUCGGGUGCUGGGUUCGGUAAGCCGUAUUCUUUUACGAAGGCAGCGGAAUCUCCUAAGGAAGGCCAUAUGUUUAAUUAUCGGGAUUCGUUGGCUUUGAUUUUGGAGAAUGCUUUGAUGAUUUUAGUUUUUGGACCGAAGUUUCUCAGUGGGAAAUGGUUGCCGAAAAGGUUUAGUCGUUUGGGUCAAGCUUGUGUGGAUUUUAGGGAUCAUAUGGAGACCAUGGUAAGAGAGGAGAAGGAAGUUAUACAUCAAGGAAAAUCCGGGAGUCGAAAUCUCAUCAAUUCGUUAAUCAUGGCAUCUGAUGAAAUGAAUGAGUUGACUGGAGAUAAGGGCAUGCAUGGCAGAGGACUAACACAAGAUGAAGUUUAUGGCAAUAUAUUUGUGUAUAACUUCGCCGGACAUGAUACCAUGGCCAUCACGAUGAGUUGGGUUUUGCAUCUCCUUGCUGCCAAUCCAGAAGUUCAGGAAUGGGUCCGCGAGGAGAUACAUGCUGUGGUUAUCAAUGAAGAUCCUCAAUUGAAAUACCAAGAGUAUUAUCCGAAACUAAAUCGUUGUCUAGCGGUUUUGCUCGAAACUCUUCGGCUCUUGAACCCCCUGAUCGGAAUCGCUAAAUCAACAGGCGCGGAACCGCAACCUCUUACACUCAAUGGAAAAACCGUCAUCAUCCCAUCAAACACGCGCGUGAUACCCAAUAUCAACGCAAUGCACUCGCAUCCGAAAUAUUGGGGUUCUGAUGCACUUGUCUGGCGUCCUAAUCGUUGGGUUCUGAGUCGAGAUAUAGAUACCAAAAUUCAAAUUCAGGAGGCAAAUCUCCCCAAUAAAUCAACCCACUCCAAGUCAACACCAGAAGAAGAAUUUCUCUUCUCGCCACAGAAAGGUACGUAUGUUCCCUGGUCAGAAGGAGCACGCGCGUGCCCGGGGAAAAAAUUCGGUCAGGUGGAAUUUGUGGCGACGAUGGUUUCGUUGUUUAGGAAACAUCGGAUUGAGGUGGUUCCUGAAAAGGGAGAGAGUAUUGGAGAGGCAAGGAAAAGAGCAGAGAAGAGUGUGUGGGAUAGUGAGAUUGUUUUGUUGUUACAGAUGAAGAAACCGGAAUUGGUGGGUGUAAAGUGGGUAGAGGUUGAGUAGAAGUUGAGGAGAUGGUUUAAAGGAUUUCAUAGGUGUAGUAAAACAUGUAUCUAGGAGAUGUUUUGUUUGAUUCAAUAAUGGAGAAUCGAAAUAGUUUGUUAGAUGAUGAAUUUCUUGAACUGCA